GGAUGAGAGAGACAGAGAGAACCCUAGCAGGGAAAAGAAAAACCCUAGAGAAGAGAAGUUGGAUUGAAAAUUCUGAGAGAAGGAGAAGGGAGAAGGUGAGGUAUAAGACUUUUUGUCCUCAGAAAGUAUCACAUCACCCACUCUUCCUACCUAUAAAUUUUGGUCAUCCCUUUCUCAUAUUUCCCAACAAUCUCCUGGCGCAGACAAGAAGAGAGAGAGAGAACAUAGAAGAGAUGGGUAGAGCUCCUUGUUGUGAUAAGGCAAAUGUCAAGAAAGGACCCUGGUCACCUGAAGAGGAUGCUACGCUUAAAGCUUAUAUUGAACAAUAUGGUACUGGAGGCAACUGGAUUGCACUUCCUCAAAAAAUUGUAGGGCUUAAGAGAUGUGGAAAAAGCUGCAGAUUGAGAUGGUUAAAUUACUUGAGGCCCAAUAUCAAACAUGGUGGAUUCUCUGAAGAAGAAGACAACAUCAUCUGCAGCCUCUAUAUAAGUAUUGGCAGCAGGUGGUCCAUAAUUGCAGCUCAAUUACCAGGAAGAACAGAUAAUGAUAUUAAGAACUACUGGAACACAAGGCUGAAGAAGAAACUGCUUGGAAGGCGCAAACAAGCUAACAUCAAUCGGCCAUCAUCUGCCAGUACUCCAGCGGAGUCGAACCGGAUAGAAGAUGCUUCUUCUUCAAUGGCCUUGAGCAACUCCGCGCUUGAAAGGCUGCAGCUGCAUAUGCAACUUCAAAGCCUUCAAAACCCUCUCUCUGUCUACAACAAUCCUGCACUGUGGCCUAAGUUGCAUCCUCUCCAGGAAAAGCUGCUCCUCCAAUCUAUGGCUGAAACUUCUAAUACUAUCAUGCAACAGUUGUUGCCUACCCCUCAACAAGGGCAUGAACAAAAGCUUGAUAUCUAUGAACAACUAUCAGGUUCUAUAGCGCUUGAGAAUCAGAAUUACCCAAGAUUCGACAAUCCUAAGGUGGAUGGUUUGGAGAAUUCUUUUAAUGCUAUAACAUCUUCAGACAGCUCAGUUCCCUUCAACAAUGGUAACAGUGUUGCAGACUCUAUAGCUAUGGAAGGGAGGGCGAAUGGUGUUGACCAGUCUGUUGCAGCAAUCCAGCCUGUUUCGACAUUCCAAGCUGAGCUCGAGAACUUUCUCAGUAACAAAACAUCUGGGUUUGUGUCACAAGAAGAUCAGAUUACUGAAUUUGAUUGUUUCAGAGAAAUGAAUGGUUCAAAGGACAGCUUGGUCUGGUGGUCUAAUGACUUUGAGACAAAAUCAGCAUCCUCAAAUUCAUGGGAUUCCACUUCUGUUCUUCAGUCUGAAGGGAUGUUUCAAGAUUAUCAUGAAUUAGGCUAUAAUAUGUAAUCAACUUGGUAAAACAGAAAGAAAAAGAAAGAGGAAUUAGACAGUCUUUUAAGCUGCUUAUUGUGAUGGUCAUAAGAUGAGGAAGAGAAGUCGGACAAUCUGCUGUUAGCAAAGGGUUUCUGUAAAUUGUGUGAAUAAUGUUAAUGUCCUUCUUAGAGUCAUGCCAAAUCAAUGUUUUUCAUAUAUAUAUUCAUACGUAAAUUUUUUUUUUUUUUCUUUUCAAUCUCCUGA